UGACAAUUUAAAAUGACACCAAAAUCAAACGGCAUUUGAUGUACCAAGACUUAACGGACAACGGUUUGUCCUGCUGACUUCUAUAAUAAUAUGUUGCUACCUGCUAAAUCAUUUUUUAAAGUAUAAUAGUUAAAUAGUUUGCGUAUUCUACCUUUCAUAUUUUGUUUUGUAAAUCGUUUGUUCUUACAUAUUAUUUUAAAAUUUCACUCAACCUACUACAGAGACAUUUUCUGCGUUAAAUAUAAUUUCGUGAAAUAUGAGCAAAAAAGCAAAAACCACACCUAAGGAAGAAUUACCACCAGGAUCAUUAUUAAAAGAUAUUAAAGGUGUCGAAUGGGAAAUUCAAAAUAUAAUUGGUAGUGGAGGAUUUGGAUAUGUUUAUUGUGGAACAAAACAUAAAUGUAGAACCAAAACAGAAUAUGCAAUAAAAACGGAAAAUAUGGAAAGUGGACCCCUAUUUGUAGAACGAAUGUUUUAUCUCAAAAACGUGAAGGAAGAAGAUGUUAAAAAAUGGGUGACAAUCAAAAAGUUGAAAGAAUUACCAUUGCCAAAAUUCCAUGGUUUUGGAAGCACUAUUCACAACGGCAACAAAUAUAGGUUUAUAGUCAUUGAAAAGUUUGAUAAAGAUUUGGAGGCAUUUCUUCAAACUGUUUCAGAUAGUUUACUACUAGGUGCUGUCAUUAACAUAGUUCGACAAAUUGUUGAUGCUUUAGAGUUCAUACAUGAAUGUGGAUAUGUUCAUUGGGACAUCAAAUGUCAAAAUAUAUUUAUUGGGAAAAAGCCGAAAAAUAAUCAUGUGUAUUUAGGAGAUUUUGGUAUGGUAACUAAGUAUAAGACUGAAGAUGUUAAGCCAGAUAAGAAAUGUGCCAAUAAUGGUACACUAAACUAUAUAGCUAUAGAUGGCCACCUUGGAAUGCAUACACGACGUGGUGAUUUGGAGAGUUUAAUGUACAAUGGUUUGGAAUGGUUAAAAUUAAAAUUACCAUGGAAAAACUUAACAUUGCCAAAAACUAUUAAAUCUAAAAAUGAAAUGAAAGAUGCAAUUUUAACUGCAGAGCCAAAUAAAAAAAUUUAUGAUUUCAAUAAUGUACCAAAUUGUUAUUUUGAAGCCAUGCGUUUGAUAUAUAAUCUGGAACCUGCGGAAAAGCCAGAUUAUACUUUAUUGAAAAAACUAUUAAAACAGUAUAAAACAGAGAAGUUAAGGUGAAGAUAAACAACUACCAAAAUUAAAUGUACCUAAUUUAUAUUUUAAAAUAAAACUAAUGAUAUAUUGUAAAGUUUACAGUAUAUUAGUAUAGUAUGUACAGUGUUAAUUUAUAAUUUAUUAUACAAUUAAUUGCUUCUAAAAAAAGAAGUUUCGUAUACUUUUCUCUAUUAAUAAAUAAUACAUUUUUUUUUUUUUUUUGUGAUCUAUUCAUAAUUGUCAUGUAUAUUAGUUACUCAAUUAUACCUUUUUUUUAAAGUUGUUUUAUGUGUACUAAAAUAAGUUUGUUAAAUACUAUCUUAUUUUCUAUUUCAAAACUUUGUAUACCAUCAAUUAAUAUAAUUUAAAAAAAGAAAAUAUAUAUAAUAUAUUUAUUUAA